CCCACUCUUGUUGCAAGAAUUCUAAGCACUCGUCUUGCAUUGGUUACGUCAUUGAAAUAUGGAAUGUAAGUGUUACCUAUUUCGAUAAUCCCGCACAUUCCUCCGUUUAGAAAUGGUCGGAUUGAAAAGGUUGGUUAAGAAUUAGAUAUCAGUUAUCUCGGAAGCCGGCACUCAUAUAUAUUUUCCCUAUGUAACCCACAACACAUUAUAAAUCUGUGAGAUUUCUCCAAAUGGAUUUUAGUUCCAGCUAUUUGUAUCUUUCCCUUCAAUUCUAUGUCUAUUGUGCUAAAUAAAACAUCAAAGUUAUCUGUGUCAAAUCUGAGUUCAUCUCUGAAAUUCACAAGCAGGAUUACAUCCUAAAUGACAGCAUGUUGCUGUUCCAGUACAAUAUGUUGGGACAUUUUUAAUUUAAGACAACGAAAGUCAUUCAAUGUAAUAUCGAGAUGAUCGUGUCUCAACAGCCUCUCCGCAAUUUGCGAUGGUGCUUUUUAAUCGAACGUGGGUAACUUCGUUUAGACUUGGAUUCUGUUAUCACCUGUUCAUUUUUCCCCUUGGUUAUAACUGCACAUAUUUUUGAGAGUGGAUCGAGUGGGAUCGUUUUAACAGGGGAUGUUCUUGGUGAAAAUCGCCCGUCUAAUGAGCUGCUCAAUGUAAUUUGUAGAUUUUUUGGUGCCCAGAAUUAGUUGAUGAAUUUUCUAUUGAUCCGAAGCAGUCCGAUUUAUCUUUGCCAGCCAGGACACCUUCCCCCCUCCCCGAUCGCCGCAAAGGCGUUAGCAUCGCCAUUACAAGAGGAUUUGCGAGUUACAGAUAGAUUCUGAGCGGAUAAAAUCUCACUUUUUAUGCAUUUAGUAAAAUUGAAUGGAUCAUUUUGUGCAGCGUUUGGGGGAUCGCUACAAACAUUAAUACACGCAGCGUAGACAGAAUUUUCCGAUUUUAAAACGCAUUUAACAGCCUUGAGACAAGAUACGCCUAUUCGGCAACUUGUUAAGUUUCAUGAAUUUACAAAAGGCACACAUUCAACAUCAGUAAUCUAAAAACUGUUUCCAGGAGAAGCUUAGGAACAUUCGGCGUUCAAUUCUAUUUCCUUAUCCGGGAAUCGAACGGACCUUACCAUUGGCUGCCUGCGUCACAUGAGCGCCUAACUUUGUUCACUUGCCAGGGAAGUAGGAGGGCUCAGGGAACAGGAAAAAACGGCUGGGUUAGAAUUUUUUUUGAGUUAUUUUGCAUUUCAGAUAUUAAAGGUCAUGAGUUCGUUUUUGAUUAACUCUAACUAUGUGGACCCUAAAUUCCCACCGUGUGAAGAGUAUUCACAGAACAGUUACCUACCAAGCCAUUCUCCGGAUUACUAUACCCGGGCACGGGAGCCAGGGUUCCAGCAUGAGGCGAUGUACCCGCGGUCAGCGUACCAGAGUGACCAGCCCUACUCGUCUUGCAGUAAGCUGCAGGGCUCGGGCGAGCAAGCCGUGGCGCCUAAGGGUCACGUCCAGUCGCAGGCCGGCCUUCAGGACCACUUAGCCAAGCAUGGCCACCAGUGUGUCUCGGUGUCUCCAAGCCCACCGCCCUCUUGUAGCCAGAACUUCAGCAAGCAAAACACUCCUUGUUCUAAGGAGCCUGUGGUUUAUCCAUGGAUGAAGAAAUUACAUAUAAACUCCGUGAACCCUAAUUGCAAAGGAGGGGAAUCCAAACGCUCCCGCACUGCUUACACGAGGCAGCAGGUUCUGGAGCUGGAGAAGGAGUUCCAUUUUAACCGGUACCUCACCCGGCGACGCAGGGUGGAAAUAGCCCAUUCACUUUGCCUGUCGGAACGACAGAUAAAAAUAUGGUUCCAAAACAGGCGAAUGAAAUGGAAAAAGGACCACAAGUUGCCAAAUACCAAGAUCAGGUCUACCACUACUGCAGGUUCUUCGUCCUCUGCAAGUCAUCAAUCGCAAGGAAGCUCUCAGAACCAGGAGCCAAGUGGACCAUCGGCCACAUUAUAGCUGCUGCCCUUUUUGCGAGUGAAACUGAUAGAUGCGCGCAGGCAGAAGCAUAGGAUGUUAACUUGAAGGACUGAAAAUUAUUUAUAAUGGCAGAGCCUAAACUGUAAAUACUCUGAUUUUUUGCCAACUUCUCUCUGACCCCUCUACCCCCUCCCUCCCCCCCACCCACCCCACCCCCUCCCGUAAUAUUGUAGGUUGCAGUUUUCAGAAGAGAUUGGCAAAGAUGUAUUUUCGUUUCGUCUUUAAUCACGCCAAAGUCUCCCCAUUUGUCAUGUUUACUUGGUGAUACAAAGGAUGAACUCUCUGCCCACUAUUACCUCGACAGCAAAGGAACACUUUAAUAAAUGAGGGUCCGUUUCAUCAACCUGCGAUGACAAACAGUCUUUUAUUCACACACAAAAAAAACCCCACAAACUUUGCGGCAAGAAUGUUGAAACGGUUCGGCAAGAUGACCCUUGUGUUUUAAGCUUGGAGCCAUUUUCCAAAGGGGUUUACAAAAAGAAAAGAAAAAAUGGCUAUUUCCUUUGGAAUAUUGCACUGAUCUGAACUCCAUGUCUUCAGAUGUUUUUGAUCCCAAAUAUAUCUCUUCCGGUGCCAAUAAAAAAAUGUAUGUCGUUGGACUUUAAAAACAUGACAAACGUGUAAAAAAAAAAAUCAUAUGUAGCUAUAAAUUAUGUCAGCAAAGUUAUUUAAAGUGAUUCUUAAAAUGUUGCAUGUGACUUGUGCAGCCACGAUACGAUACUUGCCCCUGGCCUCGGUAUUUUCACUCUGUGCUUUCGCGGGCGGGGGGAGAAAAAGUGGAAAGCUAGUUAGAUAAACUGUUUUUAACGUCAUCAUCGCCGUUUAUGGCAUUCCAAAAUAUGGAGUUUUAGUAAGCUGUAUCGUUCGGGCCCAAAGGAGAUUGUAUUUCGUUAGCAGUCUAUGUCCUUGCAUUGUCUACAUGUAUCGACUCUCGUUCAGACCAAAAUACGUGUAAAUAGUGAUAACUGAAAUAAAAAAAUUUCAAGGCC